UAUUUUUAGGCUGUUCCCGACGCUAAGGAAAGGCUUCACAGAGUCUUGAAUGACUUGGAAAAUUCCAUGACUGACUUAGUUCAUCACGUUAUUCGUGAACUUGGUGGAGAUAAUUUCCUUGCAGCUGUACCUUUCUUAGAAGAAUUAGAGGAGAUUUUCGAUGAAUUUGCCGAUAAAACUUUAGGCAAAGUAGUUGAUCUUGUUGUUGCUAUGGAAGGAGUUAUUCGUAGAAUUGAAGAUGAACUUCCAGUCGUAGCUGAAGAUGUGAGACAUUUGAUUCGUGACAUCAGACAAGAUUUUAAAGAUAUUAUGAGAGAUUUGAAAACCACCUUUUUGGGUUACAGUUUUCUCGAUGUAAUGGGAGAUCUGACCGAUGGAACCAAGUUGGGUACAGUUAUGAAGGUCGUAAGUCUCAUUGACAAAUUCAAUACUCUCGUUAAAGAUGUCAAACAAUUGGAACCAAGGGCAGAAGCUGUGUUAGAACACAGCGUUAGUGUCGUUGCCAACCAUGCCCAGGAGUUUUUAAAUCACGCUUCUGAUCUUUUAUACAAAGAACAAUAUUAAUUAAAGUUAUAACGAGAAUUUGAAUAAAAUAACUUUAAAAAAUUUGCAA